AUGAAAUUCCACAGGAAUUUACCACACGAGGAGGAAUCAGACAAAGAUGGGGUCAAGAGGAUGGUAAAUAAGGAAGGCAGAAGGGGACGUUAUAAGGGCCGUUGGAGGUGGUGGAGGCCGACACUUACACCAAACGAGCCGUUUACAUCAUCACCUUCACCGUCACCUCAACGGUCCAGUUUGAAUCCGGAAUACAGCGGUAGCAGCGUCGACAUUCUUUCUGAUGGCGGCAGCUCCCAGUCCGAAGAGGACUAUCAGAUAAAGCAUUCGCUUUCUCUAAUCAAGGCGCCAUUGUCCCCUGACGAUUAUAGUGACUCGGGGAUUUCCCUUUCUGACAGCAUUGAGCCAGGGACGAAACUUGAACCACGGUUGGCAAUGCCCUACAUUGGAGCAGAAGCCGAGGGAAAUCGCCCGUCAUGGAGAAACAUCCGACCCGCCUCUAUCGUCCAGUUCCCACGCCCCUGUGUGAAUCCGGAUAAGGAGUUCAAAAUCAGGACCGUCCACUUUACCGUCCCGCUUGAGCACCACAAGCCCUCGGGCCGGCAAAUCAAUAUUCACGCUGAGCUCGUAUACGACACCCACGAGCGGGACAGAUUCGACAGCUGGGUCCCCGCGUGUCGUGCCAGUCCUAUUUUGGUGUUCCUUUGCGGCGGACCAGGGGAUAAGAACCCGCAUGAUCGAUCGCCAGCGUUGAACAGGACGUUGAUUGAGAAGGGGUAUGUCGUUCUGUACGCCGACUAUAGGGGUACAGGGCAGAGUAGCAAGAUUGACAGCGCGACUGUCAAGACCUACAAUGACACGAAGGAUUUUGCUGGGGCGGCCGGUUAUUUAUCGUUGUUUCGACAAGACAAUAUUGUGAGGGACCUAGAAGCCGUGAGGUUGUGUCUAGAGGAGCACUUAUACCCGUUCUCAUCCACGAACGGCAAUGGCGGAGAUGGAUUAAAAUGGACCUUGAUGGGACAGUCAUACGGUGGUUGGGUGGCAUUGACCUACCUGUCGUUUCUCCCUGGGUCGCUGGCAGAGGUGUAUUUGACGGCCGGACUGGCGCCGGUGACGAUUGGGAGUCCGGACGAGGUUUAUGAGGCGUUGUAUAGCGGGAUAAGGAGGUCGAAUCAGAGGUACUACCAGCGUUACCCUGAAGAUGAGGUCUUGGUGAGGGAGGUAUACAACACCCUUUUGUCGAGGGGGGCAGCGUAUGAAUUGCCGGAUGGAUCGAAGAGAAAGCUGACAGCUCAGACGUUUCUGACCUUGGGGAGGAAGUUUAUUGGAGGCGACUCUGGACUGGAGGCGGUGCAUGACUUUGUGGGCCAGCUGCAUGGACAGUUGGUGAGGAAUAAUGCGCUCGUCCCGUCGCAGGAAGUCUUGAAAGAGUUUUCAAAGCUGGAGGGGUUCAAGCUGCAUUCAAGGCCGUUGUACGGGGUCUUGCACGAGGCGAUUUAUUGCAAUAAUGGAGAUACGGCGUCGGAGUGGUCGGCCCAGAGGGUUGGGAAGAGGCAUCGGGAAUACAAUGGGUGGCUUCAGGGGAAACAUGCUGCGGAAGGCCAGAGGCUCUACUUUUCGGGUGAGAUGGUGCUCCCCUGUUUGAUGCCCGAGGAGUUCAGGUAUGCAAAUGAUUUGGUAGCGAGCAAGGCAGAUUGGGAGCCAUUGUACGACUUGAACCGGUUGAAGGAGAACACAGUGCCAGUCAGAGCAAUGGCGUAUCAAGAUGAUCUGGCUGUUGACUUUGAACUGUCCAAGCGAACGGUGGAAGCUGUCAAGGGAUGUGUGAUGGUCGUGGGCAAGUCGGGAUGGAACCACGGCAGUCUGAGGAACAACACAGAUGAGGUGAUACGGAUGCUGUUUUAG